AAAGGCAAAACAGAGAAACGUUUCAAUGUCUGUAACAGUAACUCACAUGAACACGAUCAAUCAUGUGUCAAAAACUUGUAAAAUUCCCAAACUCCAGUUACCUAUUUGCUUCAAUCGCAGAUUAGCUUUCUCUUCUCCUCGUAAACUCUAUCCGUAUCCUCAGUUGCAUCCCAAAACCCUAAAUGGCUCGUCAAGAUUCAAUACUCGCAAACGUACCUCUGUUUCCAUGGAGUGGCAAGACUGCAUAUUUAGAGUGAAGAUGAAAGUAGAUGUUCCAGCGUCAGUAGCGUAUAACUUCUAUUUGUACUUGGAUCCUGAAUCUUUCCCUAAAUUGAUGCCUUUCAUUUCAUCUGUAGAGGUGUUAAAGGACAAGCCUGAUAUAUCACGUUGGUCACUUAACUACUCUGCUUUUGGCCAAGACAUCAAGUAUUCUUGGCUUGCUCGCAAUCUUCAGCCUGUUCCUAAUCAGAAAAUCCAUUGGAGAUCUGUUGAAGGUCUUCCUAAUAAAGGCAGCGUUAGGUUCUUCCCUAAAGGUCCUUCAUCUUGCAUUGUACAACUGACCGUAUCAUAUGAAGUCUCUGCGCUUUUAACCCCUGUUGCAUCUGGGCUCCGGCCUUAUUUUGAAAGCUUGCUUAGAGGUGGACUUGAAAGAUUUGCAACCUUGGCUAAAACCACUUAAGAAGAAUAUCCAAGAAAAC